CAUUGUUGCGUCUCCUUUUAAUAACAGACUUGUGGAAGAAACUUCUUUUGGUUCCAAAAGCAAUUCUUCUGGUUUACAAGCCAUAUAUAUUGGCGUUGAGCUUCAGUGAUAAAUGCAUGGAUUGUUUGGGGAUUUGAUCUACUUCCAUCUUGCCCAAACGAAAAUCUAUUCGAGAUUCAAUGAUAGAAAAAAUAUGGAGUAGCUUAGCUUCCUGUCAAUUGCACUCUCUGAUUUCUAUUUAUAUACUCAGCCAGGCUGACUCUCCAUUUUAGAGACUCAAAAGAACAAACUUUGUGAUGGAUCUUGGAGACAUAGCAAAAGUGCCAGUAAUCUCUUUCUCUGCAACCAGUCCUUCCCUUCACAUUUAAUUAUUGGGCACUAGCACUCUGCUCUUUUACUGGUGCCAUGGAAAAGAAGGAAUGGAAACUUUUCAAGAAAUGAAUGCCAUAAUGAAGACUAGUUGGCAUAUGAUAUCUAUGGCUUUAAUGGUGGGUGACAGAGUGAAUCAUUCAAGGAAGGUUUCCCGAGGUCUUUCUUCUGGUUUGAAUGAGGUAUAUAAGAAAUAAAGAAGACCAAGAAAUAAUGUUCCAUAUCUGAGAGCAGCAGACAAUGCAUGCAGUUGAACUUUUACCAGUUCAACUGAAAAAAGAGAAGACUUGGAAGUAUCUAUAGAGAAUAAUAGUCUCGUAUAAAUAUGUCCAUGACAUUAUGUUGUAUUAUUAGCUGCAUCAUCAAGUCCAAACUUUGAAAAGAAAAAGGAAAUGAAAAUAUUCUUGGUCCUCAUAUGUUGUUGCUUCCAUUUCCUGCAUUAUCCACUCUUCUGCACUGCUAAUAGGGAAGUCCAAGUUGGGGUGAUUCUUGAUUCAGAUUCAUUGAUAGGAAGAAUAGGGAGAAGGUUCCUGUCAAUUGCACGUUCUGAUUUCUACUCAGUUCAUUCCAACUACUCAACCAGGCUGGUUCUUCAUUUUAGAGACUCAAAGGACCAAACUCUCACCGCCGCAUCUUCUGGUCUGGAGUUGCUGAAAGAUGCAAAGGUUGAUGCAAUAAUUGGACCUCAAAAAUCAGCACAAGGAAACUUUGUGAUGGAUCUUGGAGGCAUAGCAAAAGUGCCAGUAAUCUCUUUCUCGGCAACCAGUCCUUCCCUUCGCCCUCGCUCCCCUUACUUUGUUCAAACAGGCCUAAGCGAUGACGCUCAGGUUGGUGCAAUUGCAGCCAUAGUGGAAUCCUUCAAGUGGAGUCAGGUUGUUCUUAUAUUUGAGGACUCUGAGUUUGGCUAUGGCAUUAUUCCUUACUUGUCUAAUGUGUUCCAAGAAAUAAAUAUUCGCAUCUCCUACAAGAGCCUACUUCCUGUUUCGGCAUCAUCUGAUUUUUUGCUCAAAGAACUGUACAAGAUGAUGACAAUGCAGACAAGGGUGUUUGUGGUGCAAACAAGUAGUGAUCUUGGGGCCAGGCUUUUUCUGAAAGCCAAGGAAAUUGGGAUGAUGAAUGAGGGAUAUGCUUGGAUUAUUACACAAACGCUGAUGGAUGUAAUGUAUUUGAUGGACUCGAAUGUUGUAGAAGCAAUGCAAGGGGUGAUAGGGGUAAAGCCUUUGAUUCCCAAGACUAAAAGACUUGACACAUUUGAAAUGAGGUUGAAAAGCAAACUCAUGAAAGAUAAGACUAAAACACUUGAUCAUCCAGGCUUUAGACAAGCAGAUUUGAGUGUUUUUGGGCUGUGGGCAUAUGACACUUUGUGGGCAUUAGCUGAGGCUGCAGAGAAAGUAGGAAGAGGCAGAGAGGCUAAAGAAGUUCUAGACAGUUCAUCAGAUCCAUUUGCUGUUGGAGUCUCAGAAUCAGGUCCUGAGCUUCUGCAAGCAAUAUUGGGCACAAGAUUUGAAGGGAUUUCUGGGAAGUUCCAGCUUGCUGAUGGAAAGAGAGAAGCGUCAUCGUUUCAAAUACUUAAUGUGGUUGGAAAUGGGGAGAGAGAGGUGGCAAUCUGGACACCUUCUUCACGAGGAAUCAAUUUCAAGACGAAUAAUGGCACUAAUUUUUAUUCUUCAUCAAGAGAAAUCUUCAAGAGUAGUGUCAUAUGGCCAGGAGGGUCAACUGCUGUUCCCAGGGGAUGGGAAGUCCCAGUUGCAGGUAAGAAGCUAAGAGUCGGAGUGCCAGUGAAGUCGGGUUUUACAGACUUUGUGAGAGUGGAAAGGGACAAGGAACUCAAUAGAACCCAAGUUAGCGGAUACUACAUUGAUGUCUUCAAUUCCGUCAUGUCAGCGUUGCAAUAUUCUGUGCGCUAUGAGCUCGUUCCCUUUGAGAAACCUGAUGGCUCAAGUGCAGGAACUUAUAAUGAUCUAGUAUACCAAGUAUUCCUUCAGAACUUUGAUGCUGCAGCUGGGGAUAUAUCAAUCACAGCAAACCGUUCAAAGUAUGCAGACUUCACAUUGCCCUUUGCAGAAGGAGGGGUGUUCGGUAUAGUCCCAAUAGCGUAUGAGGAUGUGGACAACAUAUGGACCUUUUUGAAGCCCCUAACGAAACAACUUUGGCUAACCAGCAUAGUGUUCUUCAUUUUCACUGGCAUGGCUGUCUGGAUUCUUGAACACAGGGUUAGCUCUGCUUUCCGAGGUCCUCCUUCUCAACAUGUCGGAAUGAUCCUAUACUUUCCAUUCUCGACGCUAGUAUUUGCACAUAGAGAGAGAAUCGUGAGUAAUUUUGCACGGCUUGUUGUGGUGGUUUGGAUGUUCGUCGUACUUAUUCUGAACUCAACUUAUACAGCCAGCUUGUCGUCAAGAUUAACAGUACAACGUCUUAAACCAGCAAUCAAAGAUGUGAACCAGCUAAUCAAGAAUGGAGACUUUGUUGGCUGUCCAGAAGGCUCCUUCAUACCAGACCUCUUGAAGGAAAAGGGAUUUCAAGAAUCCAAGAUCAAUACUUAUAAAUAUCCCGAGGAUUUCCAUAACGCAUUGUCUAACGGAAGUAACAAUGGUGGGAUAUCAGCAUAUUUUGAUGGAGCUCCUAAUACCAAAAUCUUCCUAUCCAAAUACUGUGGCAAAUACACCAUUGGACCUUCUUACCGCACUGAUGGAUUUGCUUUCGUUUUCCCUAGAGGGUCUCCACUAGUUGCAGAUGUAUCACGGGCAGUGAUUGAGCUGACAGAAAAUGGAAGGAUUUUGGAGAUUGGGAAUCAAGGGCUCGGAAAUGAAGCGACAUGUACAGGGCCAGACAGCACACGGCUGGGAUCGACAAGUGUGAAAUUACAGUGUUUCAAAGGACUCUUUGCCAUUACUGGGGGCAUAACAGGAUCCUGUCUCCUAGUUUUCCUAGUCAACUAUGUAUACCAGAACAGAACAUGUCUGCAGACAAUCUUGGACUCCAAAACUACUGUUUGGUCAAAGAUUGUUGCAAUUUGCAGACAUUUUGAUGAAAGAGACACUUGUGCUGAUCCACCUAGAGAUCCCAAAGAGAAAAUCCCAGUUGCAGAAGGUGGUGAAGUCGGUUCUUCAUCAUAUAUCAGUGAAGUUCCUGCUGACCUAUUGAGAAUUUCUUCUAAUUCCAGUGUUGUAGUGCCCUUGAAUAUUGAAGAACAAACAGUGCCAGUGUGAGCAUGGCAUUGUAGGAGCAAUGAAUUAUUGUGAUGGUUUAUGAUUACAAUAGUGUGAAUCUGUUACAAUGCCUCCUUUCUCUGUAGAAUAGUGU